AUGCCAAGAAUAUCAAGUAAAAUUACAGUUGAAGGAUGGGUUAGUUGUAAGGCAUCAAUAUUGCCAAAGAAGAUAGUACUCCAAUAUCUACAAAAUUGUGAAAAAAUCGAAAACAUAGUCGUUGAUAUUCUUGCAGAUAAUCUGCGGUAUGAACAGUAUGAACAGCAAGAUACCUUAGUUAGUGAAAGUGUUAAUAUAGAACUUAUUGGUCUAGCUUCACCUUAUAAGUUGCUGUGUCGGUACCUUUCAGUUAAUUAUAUUAAACAAUAUGUAAUUAACGCAAUUAAUAUACGUGGAAGAGAAACUCCAAACUGGGUUGAUAUAAAUUUUGUUGAAUAUAUGAAGUGGUUAGGCUUGUGGGAAUUAGAAGUAUCCAAUUUUAAUGAUCUGUUGUACUCCAUCCGUAGCUUUGUUAAUACUUUCAAUAAAAAUCUAAUUAAGGCUAUAAAGCCUGGAAGAACGUUAUGCAUUGAUGAAUUAAUAAAUUUAUGGUUAGGUUAUAAAAACAAGAUUUCAGGUUUUCGCAAAAUACCUCGCAAACCAUAUCCAGUAGGACAAGAAUGGAAAGUAGUUACCAAUAGUUCUACAAAUAUUAUCAUUCAGCUAGAGUCUUGUGAAGAUAAAAACAUUGAAAAAAAAGGCUUGUUUUAG